AGACUUUACGUAGUUGUAACCUAACUGCGUGCUGGUGCUGUCAGGCGGCAGACGCUGCAUUCCUGUUCGUUGUUGCUCAGUGUGUCUGUAAUUGUGUUUUCUUCCUUGAAAAUCUCAAUCAUGGCAGCCCAAGCCGAGAUUCCGGAUCCGGACAGCUCCUCUCCACCGUGUUCAGACCGCUUUCAGAAGCCUUCGUUGUUGGACCUCGUCCAGCGGGUUGACGAUGAUCUUGUGGAGAACCGCAUGCUGUUGCUGUCCUACCUGUUUCCCGCAAAGGAGUACGCCGAGGCACUCACGAUGAUCGAGCAGGAGAAAAUGACCUUCGCAGUUCUCCAGCCAAGAGAAAGGGAAACGGAUCCACCUAUCGAUGAUACAGAGCACCAGCCGAACGAACAAAAAAACGUCGAUAAGAGCAGGCCGAAAGAAGAUGAGCUCGGGACCGGAAAUAGGGGGAAAGCUUUGAUGGUGCCCACGACUGGAAGCGAUUGCAACUUGCUGUUUCCACCACCUCCGUUCGGCUUCGGAAACAGCACCAGCCUUUUGCACUUUCCCACCGACUCGCCGCUUGAGGACGACGCACUUGGGAGUCAAAGUGACACACAUCAGGAAGAUUACGUUUUUGUCGCGCUUACGGAGAAUCAGCUGCCUGUUUUCCCGGACACGGGGUUUUGUGCGGAAUGCCACGUGACAAAGCCGUGCUGCAAGCACCUGGUUGCGGCUUUCAUUCAACAGCGGAUUCCCGAGCUGGCCGCGCCACCGACCAAGAUGACGGCACGGGAGUACAGCGAGUUUCUACUGAAAGCAAGACAGGAAGUGGUGCGAAAGGGGGGAAGGUUCAAUUUCAAGACGUGA